CAGAUUUCGGUCCUCUUUUGCGCGAACGCCUGAUGCUGAGGCAGAGAGUCAUCUGCGCGCGUUUGCAUCCAGCUCUCAUUUCUAGUGCAUCUCAAGGUGUGCGAAACCGUCAAGGUUUGAAGUGCAAUGGCGUCCUCUGGAGAUAUUCAGGUUAAGGAACUAGACAAGCGUGCCUCAGGACAGGCUUUUGAAGUCAUCCUGAGUCCAUCAGCCCCAGAUGCCAAGGGUGAAUUUCCCCUGUCCACUCCCAAGAAGAAGGAGGUAUCUCUGGACGAGAUUCAGAAAAAACUGGAAGCGGCAGAGGAGAGACGCAAGAACCACGAGGCAGAGGUCCUGAAGCAUUUAGCUGAGAAACGAGAGCACGAGAAAGAGGUCCUUCAAAAAGCAAUGGAAGAAAACAACAACUUCAGCAAGAUGGCAGAGGAAAAGCUUAACCAGAAAAUGGAAGCCAACAAAGAAAACCGCACAGCACGCAUGGCCGCCAUGAACGAGAAAUUCAAAGAGAAGGACAAGAAGCUUGAGGAGGUACGGAAGAACAAAGAAACGAAAGAUGGGGCCGAGGGGGACAACUAAGGGCCCACUUUCAUUUUCCUUUUCAUUUAGGGUAUAGUAUUGGGUUUUUUAAUGUAUCCAAAGAUUUAUUUUUUGCUCCAUUACAUGGCCAGUUUCCCGUGUUUGGAUUCAUGUACUUGCCACUUUUUUAUUAAGGGGUUUUGAUGAAAAGCUGGAGCGCAACAUACUUUUCAUCACUUUGUGUGUAUUCAGAUGUCUUUCAUCAUCCCCUCCAACCUGUAGAUUUGUCCAGCUGCAGCUCUAUAGCAUUAAAGGAGCAUUGUUUUACUGAUAGGGAAGCAUGCCUGUGUUACGCAUAGGUCUUAUAUAUACUUGGUAUAUUGCAUUGUGCAAGUCCACCUGUUUCCUUGUAUGUCAAUUUGAGCUUAAUAAAGUUGCAGAGUUGUUUGUUAUUGUA